CAUGCUUUUGCUUUCGGUUUGACGUAAAAAAAAAAAAAAAAAAAAAAAAACACAAGUUCGAAGCCACAUUUGAAAACAUAGCUUAUUUAUAUGAUUUGUAUGCACACAAAUCGGUGCACCAUGAUCAGGCACUGUAGUUCAUUUCUUCUGUUCAUGCUGGUAGUUGAAGGAUCUUUGCAGGACAAAGUUGAGGGUUAUUUUGGAGGAUCUGCUGUCUUGCCGUGUUCUUCAAAUGAAGAUAAGCAUACAAUUGAAGAGAUAGAAGUGCAUUGGAGACACAAUGAGAGCCUAAACGUGUUUGAUAUAAUUAAGGGUAAAGAUUCACUAGUUGGUCAAAAGUCAGAGUAUAAGAACAGAGCUGAAACCUUUCCCCAGGAAUAUGUGAAAGGAAACUUUUCCCUCCGACUCAAGAAUCUUACAAGCACUGAUGCAGGAAAGUACUCAUGCUACAUCACAGAGGAAUCAGACAUUCAGGGAGUUGAGCUUCUCAUUAAAGAGAGGCUGGUGAAAGAAAAACGAAACCAAGGAACACAAACAAGUCCAGAGAUGUUUGCAACAUUAAUGCCUUUGUUUUCGAUUUCAGUUCUGCUCUGUUUCUGAGGUGUAUGAUGUAACACGUUGCAUUUAUCCCAAUAGAUCGCAACAGUGUGUUUCUGGGAGUCAUACAUUUAUUUUCCAUAUGUGCAUUGUUUUUUAACAGUAACUUAUAAACCUGUAUGGCCAGACCUACCGUGAGCUCUGAAGUUGUUAAUCAGUGGUAUAUGGUUUUGUUGAGGCCAUUAGUACGUGUUAUUUCAACUUCAAUGUUUAAAAAUCGUGCUUAUUACAAGAAUUGCCAAUUAACUAUACUACCCAUGAUCCUGAGGGGGAAAGUGCACUAGAGAAAUCACUCCCAUGAUGCACUGUUAAUGACAAGUCAGUCUUUUAACACUCUCAAACUACAUAUAUUUUGACAUAUCUGAAUAGUUUGCUAUAAACUUAAAAUUUAUGUUUUCUAUACUUACAAUCAACAACUUAAAAUUAAAGGUUUUAUACAUUUCCAUAGUUUUUCAUGCAAUUACAUCAUUCCUCAUGGGAUUGUAUUUCAUUAAAAACACUUACAGUAUUUUUGCCUGAUUUUUAAAUACUUUUUUGUAAUGUUGUGAAUCACCUCGGAGCUUGUUGGUUUAGUUCAUUGUUUAGAACUCAUAAGAAGACUGAAAAAAAUUGGUGGGCUCUAUUACAGUAUCUUAACAGAUAACUUACAGUACAGUAUAGAUAUACUGUAUAGAUAUAUGGUUGGAUAUUUCCCUGAUGUCUUUCAUUUGCAGUAUUAUGUAUUGUAUUCCGUUUUAUUGUUUCUCUAAAGUGGUCAUAUUUAGUUUUUUUAGUACGUCGCACUAUUUUCUUUUAUUUCAAAAGACCAAGUAAAAUUUGAUGGGUUGAGAAAACGUUUAACAACAAACAUAAAUAAUCUCCUUAAAAGAAAAAUUUUGGGUUGCUACUACUAUUUAAUUUACUAUUUUUUAUGGUCUCCAACCAUAGGAAAUUUUCCAACUUAUUUUCAUUUAAACCUUAUUUUACUAAGCAAAUUGUGUUAUCCUUUCAUUAGAAGAUGCAAUAAUCUGUUCUUCUGUGCUUUUAUACAAAAAAUAAUUAGCAGUAUUUUUCAAAGUUUUUUUUUUUUUAAGCUUAAGUUGCCAUGUGAACCAUAUAUUAAUUACAUUUUUGUUUUAAUUUUUAUUUAUAAACCAUUUUUAUUACGUAUGCAUAUUAAAAGCAGACGUUGAUGAAGUAUGUUGUUGAAGAUUGUUUUGUAUAAAAAUAUUUUUUUGUUUUUUCAAAUCACUGUCAAUAAUCAAUUUCACAUUGUGACAACUUUCCCCACUACAGGAUUUACAUGUGUUAAAUGAACUCUGUAUCUUAAAGGGAUAGUUCACCCAAAAAUGAAAAUGUACAUGGACCAAAAGAGCUGAGAUAUUCUUCUAAAAAUCUAUGUUUGUGUUCUGCAGAAGACAGAAAGUUAUACACAUCUGGGAUGGCAUAAGGGUGAUUAAAUGAUGAGAGAAUUUUCAUUUUUGGGUGAACUAUCCCUUUAAUAACACUGAAAAUGUUCAAUAGCUGUGUUGUUGUUGUUGUUGUUGUUGUUGUUGUUGUCAAGACUUUAAGAAAUGUACCUAUAUAGAAACUGACUUUUAAACAUAGACACACCCUGCGAAAUAAUCAUGGAGUAUUUAUGAGUAUUCAAGGAGUGAUAACUUGCCCCAUUUUGAAAGUGCAGCCAUGCCAAUAAUGGGUUUACAGUAUGAACAAUCCAGGACAAUAUAAUAUCAUCUGUUUAAACAUUUGAGACUGGAGUAUAGAACUGGUUAAUUUAUUUAAUAUAAAUAAACUUGUUUUAUACUCCAAAAGAAGAGGGCCAUGUGUCCUGUCCAAUGACACAAUUUUUUUUAAAAUAAUUCUUCACUGUGUUUAAAAUAAGCAGUAGCAUAUUGCACCCAACACCUAGAGCUCCAAACGGGAAAUAAAAAAAAUAAAAAAA